AUGGCCAAGGCGGGCCCAGAUGUUAACGGCGAGAAUCAAGGAGGCUUUGCGUCAGAUAAUAGCAGCAUCAUUGGAUUCUCACACAUGCAUGAUUCUGGUACCGGAGGCUCAGCAUCAAUGGGCAACUUUCCAAUCUUCCCACAAGCAGGAUGUCCCCGCAACGACAUCAAUGCCUGCAGUUACGCUCAGUGGGACCGAGAGGUCCUGCGCGUACAAGGCAGUGUUCAUGCUAGGCCAGGCUAUUUUGACAUAACUCUUCAAUCUCAGAUCCGUGCCGAGAUGACCGUGUCGAAUCGCACUGCGUUAUACCGCUUCACCUUUCCAGAUGUGCCAACAACACCGAAUAUGACGCUCGCUCCUCAUAUCGUGGUCGACCUCCAGGAUUUGCCUCAUACCAUGAGUGGCGGGAAUAUUACCGUACAUGAUAACGGUCGACUAACAGGCGGCGGAACUUUCUCGCCUAGUUUCGGUAUAGGGCGGUACAAGUCAUACUUUUGCGCAGAUUUCAGCGGAGCCAAGCUGAAAGACUCUGGUAUCUUCGUCAAUAACUCCCCUAGCAGAAAUAAGAGUUAUCAGACAGUGAGAGACGCCGCAGGCGGCUGGGUACAAUUCGAAAAGCCGACGUCCAACAACCAGAUCCUCGUCCGAGUAGGCAUGAGUUUCAUCAGCGAGGCACAGGCCUGCUCGAACGCGGAGCGUGAAAUCCCAGAUUUCGACUUCAACGGAACCCUCCAAGUAGCAGAGAAGGCGUGGAGGGAGAAACUCAGUGUGAUCGACAUUGACAGCGGAAGCGCCAGCGAGGUCCUGUUGCGGGCAUUCUGGAGCGGCGUCUACCGCACCAUGAUCAGCCCUCAGGACUACACUGGCGAGAAUCCGUAUUGGAAUAGCGGAGAGCCCUACUAUGACUCGUUUUAUUGUAUCUGGGACUCCUUCCGGAGCAUUCAUCCUUUCCUUACGUUGGUGGAUCCGCACUCGCAGACGCUAAUGGUGAGGAGCUUAUUGGAUAUUUAUAAAUAUCUGGGCAAGUUGCCGGAUUGCAGGAUGAGCUUCUGUAAAGGUUUUACGCAAGGCGGGUCGAACGCAGACAUCGUCAUUGCAGACGCCUAUCUGAAGAACAUUAGUGCAGGAGUGGACUGGAAACUUGCCUACGAAGCGGUAAUAUCGGAUGCAGAAAUCGAACCCUUGAAUUGGGACGUGGAAGGACGUGGCGGUCUUGAAGCCUGGAAAACAAUAGGCUACAUUCCCACUCGCAACUACGACACACUAGGCGUCGGAACCGAAACGCGUUCGAUAUCACGCACUGUCGAGUACGCCUACAACGACUUCGUCAUUGCACUACUCGCUCGCGAGCUCGGCCAUCAAGACGAUUUCAAGAAGUAUCUCGGCCGGUCUGGUAACUGGAAGAAUAUGUUUAAGAAGGAUCAGCGCAGCGAGAUCAACGGUAUUGACACAGGCUUCGUGGGGUUUCUGCAGCCGCGGUAUGCGAAUGGUUCUUGGGGGUACCAGGACCCUAUUUUCUGCAGCCCGCUGCAGGAGUUCACUGGAUGUUAUCUGAACCCCAGCGGCCGCGAAACCUACGAAGGCCCCAUCUGGCUCUACACCUUCUUUGUCCCGGGUGACAUGGCGACCCUCAUCUCUACCCUCGGCGGUAAGGACCGCUUCGUCCAACGCCUGGACUUCCUCCACGAAUCCGGCCUCCUCUACAUGGGGGACGAGCAAGCCUUCCUCAAAGUCUUCCUCUAUCAUUACGCGGGACGCCCUGGUCUCUCCGCCAAACGCAUCCACACGUACAUCCCCAGCCAGUUCAACGACACGAUCAACGGUAUCCCCGGGAACGACGACAGCGGCGCCAUGGGCAGUUUCGAAGCCCUAGCCAUGAUGGGCAUCUUCCCCAACGCAGGACAAGAUGUCUACUUCAUCACGCCUCCCUUCUUCAAAGAAGUCCGUAUCCGCAACGGGCAGACGGGGAAGACGGCCACAAUACGCAAUCACGAUUUCCAGCCUGGGGAUCGGAAUGUGUAUGUCCAGAGGGCGGUGCUGGAUGGCAAGGAGUAUACGAGGAAUUGGUUGCAACAUAAGUUUUUCUUGGAGGGGGGCACGUUGGAGUUGUACUUGGGGGAUAGGGAGAGUGAGUGGGGGACGAGGGAGGAGGAUGUGCCGCCGAGUUUGGGGCCGUUUGGGAAGAAUGCGACGGGG